AUGACGACUAAGGAGAUCUCACCCCGAAGCGAAGAACUCCACGUGCGCAAGGCUAUCCAAGAGAUCACCGACCUAUUGAUCCACCGGAACGACCAAAUCGAGCUACUGAUUGAAGGGUCCCUCAACCGGAAGAUCCAAGUGUACCACAAGGCCCGCAAGAUCAAGGCUGAAGCAAGAGUAGAUCGAACUGUGGAAACGCUUACCCGCACCCAAGCCGCCCAAAUGGAAGCGAGCGAGCGUAUGGCCAGUCAACACAUGGAACGAGCGACACGAUAA